AUGCAACCAUUUGUAGAACAACCACAAUUUUUACUUGAACCCAAAUCUUCGUUUAUAUUCGAAAAUCUUCCUGUUAAACUCGAAUGCAAGGCGAUUCGAACAAGACAAAUAUUUUUCAAUUGUGAUAAUAAAUGGGUACCGGAAUCGGAACAUGUCAAAUCUACUGAAACAAAUGAGAAAGGCAAUACCGUUAUUGUAACGGCGAUUCAAUUAAAAGCCGAUCAAAUUGAAGCGAAUAUUUAUAAAUGUUUUUGUCAAGCAUGGUCAGCAACAGGUGGAACGCUUAAAUCUCGGGCAGCAACGAUUGAAUUAGCUUAUUUAGAUAAAAUAUUCGAAUGGGAACCAUUAAAAACCGAUAGUAUAAUUAAUAAAUCAGUCGAAUUACGUUGUCGUCCGCCAAGUGGAAAUCCGUAUCCAAAAGUAACAUGGUUAAAGGAUAAUCAACCAGUUGAAAUAAAUCGUAAUGGUCGUUUAAUACUUUCGAAUGAAAAUUCUCUACUGAUUGCACAAAUAAAAAAAAGUGACGCAGGAAAUUACACUUGUGUGGCAUCGAAUAUUGCUGGAUCGUAUUCAAGUGAACCAGCUGAAUUGAUUGUUCAUGAUGAUCGCGGUUGGUCGGAAUGGCAAGCAUUUUCUGAAUGUAAAGGUAUACCAUGCAGUAUUGGUCGUCAACGACGUUUACGUACGUGUCUUAAUCCGCCAACAAUUACGAAUAAACCGAGUUGUGAUGGCGAUCAAAUACAAGAAAGAGAAUGUUCUGUACCAUGUCAAAAAAAUCUUUCAUCUCAACCGCCAGAUGAUGAUUUUUCUGAAUGGUCAUCAUGGUCAAAUUGUAUUGGUGUUCCAUGUCAAAUAGGCACGCAACAGCGUAUGCGAAGUUGUUUUAGACAAUCCGUAUGUAAUGACAAACAAAUACAAGAACAAGAUUGUUUUGUAUCUUGUCAGAAUAAAACUCAAUCAUCGUUAUCGAAUGGUAUCUAUUCGAAUUGGACACAUUGGUCUGCAUGUCGAUCAAUCGAUUGUACAUCUGUACGUACACGACACUGUCUAGAAGAGCCAUGCCGAGAUUAUUUAAUGGAAACUCGUCCUUGCGAUGAAAAUAUGUGUUCGAGUAUGAAGAAUACGAGCACGCCGCCAGUACCUACAUCUGCUUUCAAUAUGAUCAUGUAUUCAUCGGCUGGUUUCGGUGGUCUCAUAUUUCUGUUAUUAGCCUUUUUAUUUGCUGUGAUUUGUUGUCGUCGACGACGACGUACAAUAAGAAAAAAAGGUAUAUCGAAUAGUAUCCCAACAAACACAACAUGCAGUAAUUGUCAUAUAGAAAAAAAUGAAUAUCCAUUUUAUUAUUCAAUACAACAAGAUACAACAUCGACAAGGUCUUGUGCAUCGCAGAAUAAUUCUAUAUCAUUAACAAAUGCUGAUCUUGGAGUGGAAAAAGAAAAAUUAAUUUUUCUAAAUGAUUCACCAUUGAAAUCAUCGAAUUUAAAUCUCAUCUAUGAAAAAAUUCUUCAAUCGCUACCGGAAAAUAUCGACCUACGUUAUUUUGCCGUAUCGAUAAUUAAUAAUUCAGGUUGUCAUCUUGAAAUACCUCGUACCGGCAUAUCAUUAACCAUACCGGAAGAUGCCGUUCUACUUGAUGAAGACCAUUUAAUUUUUAUUGCUUUACUGACCAUCGAAAAUCACAUGCCGAUAUUAAAUAAUAAUCAAACACGUCUAUCACCUGUCAUACUCAUCGGCCCAUCAGAUAUAACGUUGGUUAAACCGGCUGUACUUUCGUUUGAACAUACAGCUGUAUUAGAUUCAUCGUGGAAAUUUAAUUUAAUCUUUUCGGAUGAUAUUAUCAAUUGGAAAUCAAUAUUAACCUAUGGACAAGAAAAUAUUUCAACCCCCGUCUAUCUACAAUUUAACAAUGAACAAAAAGCAUCUAUAUUAUUCGAAACGAUGGGUGCCUAUGUAUUAAUUGGCGAAUCAAUUAAAGAUCAUCAUGCAUCGAAAUACCUUCACAUGGCGUGUUUUCAUAAUCAACUAACAUUACGUGUUCGGUUUUUUGAUAGAACAUUAGAUGCGUUCGAACGGUGUUUGAACGAAGAAUUAGCGAUGAAAAAUGCCCUAUGUGACCAACCCAAAGAAUUUAUUUUACACGAUUAUCAAGAUCAAGUAUGCAUUAAUGUUGAUUUAGAACUCUCGACCCUAUCAAGAAUUAAUAUUGGUUAUAAAGAAGUUUCAUCGAUAUCGUUUUGGACUAAUCGUAUUGAUCGAUCAUGCUUUAUUUUUGUUAUACCAGAUUUACAAAUGAACAGCGAUGAUAGAAUAAAAAAUUUUAUGGAUCAAUUUGCGAUCCAUGUUGAUGCUUAUCAACCGGCCAUGCUUGAAAGCGCGCUACAUACACGACUAUUUAUCAAUACGCUUCAUUUACAGCACAGUUCUGGAUGGAAUACAAUAUCACUACGGCAUCGACAAACGUCGAAAUCAUCUGAAAAAAUGAAUAGAUUACCAAAAGUAAUUCGACAAAAACUAUGCCAAAUGCUUGAUCCACCUACUUCACUAGGAAAUGAUUGGCGAAUGUUCGCAAGUAAUUUAAUUGGUAUCAAUUAUCUGCAAUAUUUUGCUACGAAAGCUAGUCCAACUGAACAUUUGUUAACAUUAUGGGAUGCUCGACAAGAAUCACUUGUUCAUAUGAUCAAUGUACUUAACCAAAUAGGUCGUAGUGAUGCUGCGUGUAUUAUUAUUACACAUAUGAAUAUAGCGCAUUGA